AUAUAUGUUGUAAUGUUUCUGGAAAUCCUACAAACGCUCAUUAAAGUAUUAUUGGUUUUCUCUAUACUUAUAAUUGCUUUCGGUCUGGCAUUUUAUAUUCUAUUGUCGAAGAUAAUUGAUCCGCAGCCGAAUAAUUUAUCAUUUUCGAACAUACCGAUGUCUUUGCUUAGAACCUUUUCCAUGAUGUUGGGUGAACUUGAUUUUGUUGGCACUUACGUACAUACAUUCUAUCGCGAUCAAUUGAAGGUACCUGUAACUUCAUUUCUGAUUUUAAGCGUUUUUAUGAUCUUGAUGCCAAUUCUUCUCAUGAAUCUGCUCAUCGGUUUGGCCGUCGGCGAUAUAGAAUCUGUUCGGCGAAAUGCACAAUUAAAGCGUUUAGCCAUGCAGGUGGUACUCCACACUGAGCUGGAACGCAAGCUUCCGCAAGUGUGGCUUCAGAAAAUUGAUAAAAUGGAAUUGAUUGAGUAUCCAAAUGACACCAAAUGCAAAUUGGGUUUUAUGGAUUUCAUUCUACGUAAAUGGUUUUCAAAUCCAUUUAGUGAGGAAUCUUCUUUGGAUGCUAUUCCCUUUGAAAACAGUGAUGACUACAUCAAUGCUGAAUUGGAUAAGCAAAGACGUAAAUUACGUGACAUAAGUCGUUCUCUGGACCAACAACAUCAUUUGUUACGCUUAAUUGUGCAGAAAAUGGAAAUAAAAACUGAGGCUGAUGAUGUUGAUGAAGGUGUUAAUCCAAACGACAUGCGGUCCUUGUCAUCUUAUAAUACUGUUUCUGCUAGUUCUCGUUGGACUUCACCGAGAAUACGCACCAAAUUAAGCGCAGCAUUAAGUUUUAACAAAAGUUUUGAAACACGUUGAUCGCAGAUUUUGAUCCAAUUACUUAGAAUGGCGAUAAUAUA